UGCAAAGAAAAAACAAACAAAAAAAGAACAAGAGUUGAUCAACUGUGCACAUUUUUUAGUGAAUUGUGUGUGUGAGUGAGUUUUGUGAAUUUUUCGCUAAAAAUGGCCAAUAACAUUCAUGAAUUGGCCCAAGAAGCAUUCGAUAGCGGGAACUAUCAAUUAGCAUUAGAACUGUUCGGGCAUAUAAUUCAUUUUUCCGAUAAAUAUGCAUCGCCAGUGAAUUCAUUGAUCUCAAUUGAUACGUACAUCGGGUAUGGUGACUCGUUAGCGCGUUGCGGUCACAUUCGCGAAAGUUUUAAUGUGUUUGCAUUCAUAUGUAGUAAGCUGGGCUAUGCGGUGCCAGUUCACAAGUUGAAGCACUUGACAAUCGGCCUUUUGGAGAGUGUUACCUCAUCAUCAUCAACAUCAUUAUCAUCAACAUCAUCGUCACCGUCGUCAUCAACAUCGUCUGCAUCAUCAGCAUCGGUAUCGCCAGAAGUGCGUCAACGCCAAUUAUCCGAAACACAGCUGCCACAAAAACAUCUGCUGCAUAAACAAUAUCAACAACAACAUCAAUCGUUACCAUUAGCUUCUCUUACGCAAAGUGAUUCUAGUGAAUGUACCAAAUUUGUAUUAUAUGAGUGCUCUCAACAAAGAAUGAAACACACAAAUUCGCAUACGGGAAAUAAAAAUCACAAUGACAUUGGUAAACAAAAUGAAAACGAAACCAAUGCAAAUCGAACAUCAUUUGUAUACGAACAUGAAACAAUUGGACGGGCAUAUGAAAAUGAUGAUUGUAAAAAAACUAAUUCAAUGAUGAGCUCGUGCCCAACUAUUCAUGAUCCAUUGACCAAUGUGAAGCACGAUGGUAAAGAUACGACAUGUUGCCACAAUCCAUCCGACUAUUCAUUGUUUUUGGAUAAUCGAUGCAUCAGCAAUGCACAUGAAAUGAUGGAUCCUUUAUUAUGUCCGAUUUGCGCGCAUGUAUUAGUUUGGCCGGUAACAAUGAACUGUGGACACACCUUUUGCCGCGACUGUGUUCACAACGAAACACAAUGUCAAGUCUGCGAUAAACGGUUUCUCGUGUACGGCGAUGCUUUAAAACAAGAUGUACUAAUUACCCGUUUGGUGGAAAAGUGGUGGAUGCCGCACAUACAAGCUGAAUCAGUCAAUGAAAAAACACGAACGCUACUCCGACAAAAUGCAUUAGACGAAGCGCUGAAGUCGUGCAACGAAGCUCUCGAAAAAUGUCCAAAAAAUUACAAUGGGCUAUUACUGCGCGCUGAAGUACUAUAUCGGCUGGGUCAUUUCCGGAGUUCGUUGGCGGAUGCCGAAAGUGCGAUCAAAUGUCAACCAACGUCGUGCAAUGCAUACUUAUAUCGGGCAUUGACAUUCUCAGCAUUAGGUUUAACUGAUGAUGCCAUCAUAUCGUAUUGUUUGUCGAUACAUUACAAUCGGACUUUGACUGCAGUCUCAAAAAGCAAUCGAUUGGAAGUAGCAAAGUUGCUGCAAAAUUUUUUGUUAAAUUGCAAUUUAACAACGAAAUCAUCGUCGGUACAUGAAUAUUUGAAUCGAUGUCAUUUGCGAACGCUGAAACAUUUUCCACAAUUGUAUAAUGAUAAGUGUUUUCAAUCAGAUGCAUUACAUUAUGCCGAUGCGUGUCUUGUUGAUUUCAAUGGUUCAAGCGAGAAGGUGAAGGGCGGCCUGCAAACAAAAUUCCGUCAUUCGGAGCGAGAAAAUUAUUGCUUUCCAUAUAAAAAAUCGUUGAAAUUUUUGAAAACCUCAAAGCGAUUUCGUCGAAAACAUUAUAAUACCGAAAACGAUGAUAAACUACAGGAAAUCGUUUAUCUAAAUCAAUUGGCCGACACAAUGUUCACAAACGAAUCAAUUGUUAGUCUAAAUGAUGUUUCAAAUAUGGACAAACGCAUUUCAAAACUAUUUGAUCAAAUACAGUAUGAAAUUUAUAAAGCCAAACAAGCCCCAUCAAUGUUGCUCGAUGUGCAACCAUCGCUAAUUGAUUUAUCCGAUUUUGAUUGUGUAUUGUGCUAUCGCACACUGUGGAAACCGGUGGUUACACCUUGUGGUCAUACAUACUGCAUGGUGUGCUUGGAUCGAUGUUUGGAUUAUUCGUCAUGUUGCCCGUUAUGCAAGACGUCAUUGAUAGAGGAUUAUUCAGUGAAUCGUAUUAAUAAUUCAAUUCGUAACAGUACAUCAUCUUCAGGGACCAAUUAUAGUUUAGCAUCUUAUGCAUCAUCAAAAAAGGCCGUAACACGUUUUAUAGAGAAUGCAAUGCAACGUUUCAUACCGUUAGCGUAUCGAAAGCGUCAAUUGCAGGAAAUUGAAAAAGAACCAUCGGUGCCGGUAUUCAUUUGUACAACAGCAUAUCCAAAUGUACCGUGCCCAUUGUAUGUGUAUGAGCCACGGCAUCGUCUCAUGAUCCGACGUGUGAUUGAAAGUGGUCAACGACAAUUUGGCAUCGUACAACCGCAUGCGAAUGGUGGCUAUUCGGAUUUUGGUACAAUUUUAAAUAUCCAAGAUUGUGUACUACUUGGCAACGGUUGUUCCAUUCUCAGUACAAUCGGUUACAAACGAUUUCGGGUGAUUGAACGUAAUGAAAAAGAUGGUUAUGACACUGCCAAAGUUGAAUAUAUUUGUGACGAAGCAAUUAGCGAUGAACGUUUAGAUGUUGUUAAAUUAAUUAACGAGACUAUUUAUAAAAAAGCCAUCGAUUGGUACAAUAGUUUACCAUCACACAUUCAUACGGAAAUUCAUAAAAGUUUCGGUUCAAUGCCAAGAAAUGAAAAGAAUUUGGAAUCGAUCACCGAUGGCCCAUCAUGGGCAUGGUAUAUUAUAGCGCUACUACCACUCAAUCAAAACCUUAAGGUGGAGAUUUUAGCGACAACUGAUUUGGAAAAACGUUUGCGAGCCAUCGAUAAAACAUUAGAAUACGUUGCUGCUCAACAGCGUCGUUCUGUUUGCGUGAUACAACAAGGAUUACAAGCGUGUCAAACUGUCGAUUGUUGUAUGCGUGCUACCUCAUCAAAUCAACUAAACGAUGGACUACAAUCGAAUGCAACACAAAGCCAAGUUACCGAUUUUAUAUUAUAACAAAAUGAUAAACAAACUCAUAACAUCAUUACGCACUAUUGUAUUCGAUCGAUGUUAGAUAUCCAAAUACCUGACACUAUUUAAAUGAUGAUGAAAUUCAAUUUAUUUGUAUUUUCACAUUGAAUAUUGGGAGGAAGUACUGCAAACAAAAUCUUACAAAAAAAAACCAUUAAUUUAAUG